UGAUGCCAGUUAGCGAGGCGGCGAUGUGGAGCUCAGUCGCCCAUCAGAGCCCUCUUUUCUUCCCCCCCACCACCACUGUUCUCUGUCUUCUCAUCCUCCAGGAACAACUACCGUCUCCUUCAUUGUCGACGCAGUGCGAGAGUCACGUCUCGCUGCGUGGUCCCAUUUCCCCCCCGCCCCGAAGCAGGUGUCCCGGGUGCGUCGCGGUCCGGACGCCGGACCAAAAGUGAGCUGCUGCACUGUUGCUCCUCCACCGCUGUCGCUCGUCCACACGUCGUCCGCAGCACACGGCGCUGGAAAUGCUCCCAUGCUCAACUCAGCGGCUGUGUCCAGAGGUUAGACUCUCAGUCAACAGAGGGCCACAGCCACAAACACAUCAAGCACCCUCCAGGCUGGGAAGAGACACCUGUCUCCCUGCAUUCAUCUGAAAACAAGACAGACAAGACAGACAGACGGGCAGAGCUGAGUGGUCCAGCACGUGGGGGCUGUCAGUGUGUGUGUGGGGGACAAGCGGUGACCAGGCUAUGAGUGUAUCUCCGAGGGAUUGUAGUUCAAUGCUGAGUUGAGCAAAGUGAGCAGAACAGGAGAGACACUGUAAGAGGAGCAGCCAUGGGGCUUGGACAAUCCAGCAAGGCUCCGGUCUCUGAUGACACAGAUGAAGUCAACUUUGACCACUUCCAGAUCUUGAGGGCGAUCGGAAAAGGAAGCUUUGGAAAGGUCUGCAUUGUGCAGAAGAAAGACACCAAGACGAUGUACGCCAUGAAGUACAUGAACAAGCUGAAGUGUGUGGAGAGGAACGAAGUGAGGAACGUCCUGAAGGAGAUGCAGAUCAUGCAGAAUCUCGAGCAUCCGUUUCUGGUCAACUUCUGGUAUUCCUUCCAGGAUGAGGAGGACAUGUUUAUGGUGGUGGAUUUGCUCCUGGGCGGAGACCUGCGCUACCACCUGCAGCAGAACGUUCACUUCUCAGAGAGCACGGUCAAACUCUACAUCUGUGAGCUGGCGUUGGCUCUCGGUUACCUCCGCUCGAAGCGCAUCAUACACAGGGACAUCAAACCUGACAACAUACUACUGGAUGAGCAUGGCCACGUCCAUUUCACCGACUUCAACAUCGCAGCCAUCGUCAAAGAUGACCUGAAAGCGACGUCCAUCGCCGGAACCAAGCCAUAUAUGGCUCCUGAGCUUUUCCAGACCUUCGAAGGCUCCCACCCCGGCUACACCUUCUCUGUCGACUGGUGGUCGCUGGGCAUCACGGCCUACGAGCUGCUACGAGGACAGAGACCAUAUGUGAUGAGAUCCAGCACGCCAGCUAAUGAGAUCCUCCAGACCUUCCAUAAGGUCCAUCCCAGCUACCCAGCAGGCUGGUCUUUAGAAAUGAAGUCUCUUCUCAGAAAGUUGCUCUGCAUCGACGUCCAGAAGCGCAUUUCCUGUCUAGCGGAGCUCCAGGAUUUGGACUACAUGUCGGACGUCAACUGGGACGCCGUGCUCAGCAAACAGCUUCCCCCCGGGUUUAUUCCUAAUAAGCGCAGACUAAACUGCGACCCCACGUUCGAGCUGGAGGAAAUGAUUCUGGAGUCCAAACCGCUUCACAAGAAGAAAAAAAGACUCGCUCGGAAGACCAAGGACCAGGGAUCUGAUGGAUCACCACAAAAUAACCAGCUGCAGCAGCGAUUGGACAACGUCCAAAGAGACUUUAUCGUCUUCAACAGGGAAAAGUCAAAGCAAGUGGUGGUGGACUCGGAGACGUCUGAGCUCUCCACGAGUGAGAAGAACAAGGCUAUAGAAGACGGACAGAAUAACAACGUGAAGCCGGCUACCUACUUAUCAGGAUAGGUCUCAUAACCUGAGAGCCCACCUUAUCUUUCUUAUCACUUGCACCUGCCCACAGCUUGUAGAUCAGCUCUUCACACACAGACACUGAUUCUUCUAUCAGCAACUUGGCACUCGGACGUUCCUGCACCACCGUUUCAUCUCUACAGAAAAAGAAAAAGAAAUGCAGCGUCACUGAUCGCGCCCAUAAAAUAAAACACAUUAAAUAAAAAACUGAAGGAGUGAAAUUGACUCCAGGACGACGGGCCUUUUUCACUUUCCUGUCACGGAGAGGAACGACUCUGUGUUGUUGAGUGUCGCUCACACCCGCGCUCUCUUAAAUCACUCUGGUGCUCUGAGGUCUGCUCGACCUGCAGCGAGCAGCCGAUGUGAAAAGGUUGUCCUGCAAAAAAAUAGGAGACAGCGCCGCGUCGUCUCAGCUCUCACCGUGACAUAAAAUCUGACGUGGUUCUUCUUACGCUGGAGCCUGGAAGGACACUUUUAUUAUUAUUAUCAUUAUUAUUAUUAUCCUAAUUACAAUGAUUUAAAAUGUAGGAUAACAAUGGUUUCUUACGCUUCAAUGAACGGCAUGGCACAAAGGAGCUCACAACUACGGCAACCUACUCACUCUUCUAUAAUAGAUGUUCAAGAGCUAAACUGUGAGCUUGAGCAUGAAUGGCUCGCUUUAUCAUAGCAGCAGAUACAUGGGCGCAUCAUACCAGCGGCAUAAGCUGCACAAAACAGGCAAAAAAGAAACCAGCUGUAAGUUUUCACUUCACUAUGCUUUAGAGUACCAAAUGUAGCAUUUUAAUGUUAAGCUUCAAGGUCGGUGGUUCGUGACGUCCUCCAGGUGUGGCUGGUGUUGUUUCCUGAUGGAAAAUUGCUUUUGCCAAAACUGGUUUUAGAGAUUUUGGGACUAAACCUCGCCUCAGUCUGCUACUGACCAACUGGAUGUUUCAAAUAAAAGCGACGAAGGAAUAGAAAGAGGUCAACGACAGAUGUUUUAUUGUGUGUGUGUGUGUUCUGCUGUGAACCUCGCUUAGCACACGCUUCCUCGUUCAUUGGUACAUUAAUGCACAGAGAGACAAAAGAAAGGUGCUGUGAAGAAGAGAGAGAGAAAGCUGGAAGUGAAUACUUAACUAGUUUUAUAGACCUGAGACCUAGGUAAGAUGAAUAUCUUAGUCACUGUCUGUAUUGAAAGUUUGUUUUUGUUUGUUUUGUUUUUUUUUAGUCAAAUAUAAUCUAUUGUCACCCGUUCAGUCACAGAGAGGAAAUACAUUUGCAUCCAUGUUGUGCAGACACUAGGUGUUAAAACAGUUCAUCUAGAAUUCUGCAGAGAAAACCCCCAUUCUAGUAACAACAAAGCUAAAUGCUAAUCGGUGAAUUAUUCCUUUAAGGCAAUAGCAACCCUCAUACUUUAAGUAGCUAACACGAUGUUAAAGAGAACCCACACCUGCCUUAUCCUGUAAAUAUGGCACACAGCUUUUCAUUUGAUGUGGAAGUAAAAUGGGAUUUCUUCUAUUGACCUAAAUCGUCCUUACCUAUCUCUCAUAGGACUGCAUCCUAUCACGUCUAAAAUACUUAAAAAAACACAUAUUCAGUUCAAAACUGUUGGCACUUUUAUAUUUGAAGUUGGUACAUUAAUGUUUUUAUCCACUUUUACGUUGUUGUUGUUAUUAUUAUUGUUGGUAGUUUUCUGUAUAAGCUGUGUAAGAUAUAGUGGGGACGUCUUUUACAGAUGGAUUAACCCAGAGUGAACUGAUUAUCCUGAUUUGUUUAUAUCGUAUAACGGGUUUAGGUUUAAAUGACGGGCAGUCGUCACGUGUGGUAGAUUCCGACCGCUCGAAACCAUGAAAUCUGAAAAAGUAGCUUAUUAAUUGCAUUCAAACUUUAGAAUUUCAUCGUGAUUAACGUUUUGUUGUCCUUCAGUUGUCACUGUGUGUUUCACUUGUGUUGGAGUUUCAAACUUAUUAAGGUGUGCCUUAAAUAUUGACUUUCAUUUUCUGAACCAAA